CUACAUACCCUACCCUACUAUAAUGGCUACGGAAACGACGGCCAUCACGACCAAGGCCCUGGGUCUGGAGCCCGGCCGCGUGGUUCUCGCGUAUGUUACUACUUCCUGCCUGCCUUACUUUGAGAUGUGCGCUGCAGAGCAUCGCAUCGCAUCGCAUCGCAUCUAUGCGCCAGGAUGCAAUUCCCUGUCCACAUACCCUGCGCGGAUCCCGAUACCAUGACAUUCCCGAUGCGGGAACAAAACUACACAGCAUCGCCUAGCCAGAGCGCAAUGCAAUCCAACACCACUAACCCAAUUCGCAACAGAUUCAACGGCGCCGUCACCACGCGCGUCAUCCCACACCCUCACCGCGCCUUCGCCUUCGAAGUGACCUUCAACCCCUCGCAAUGGCCCGAUUUCCUACGCGGCCAGAAACCCCCCAAGCACUUCCACCCGCUGCAGGAGGAGUACAUCGAGGUGGUGGAGGGCGCGCUGUGCGUCGAGGACGACGAGCAAGAGUACACGCUGACGCCGCGCGAGGGCGAAUUUCUGAUCCGUCCCUGGGUCAACCACCGCCUGUACCCGCCGGCCGGGUACGACGGCGACAUCAAGUUCCUGCUGGCGGGCGAGGAGACCCCGGAGCUGUUCAAGCUCGAUACGAUCUUCUUUGAGAACUGGUACGGGUAUCAGGAUGAGACGGUGGUGGCGGGGAAAGGUAUCGAUUUGAUCCAGGUGCUCUCGAUGUUCGACGCCGGCGGCUCCUACAUGUCUUUCCCGUGGUGGGUGCCUUUCGGUCGGACGUUGUCCAUGACGCUGGGCGUUGUGGUUGGGCGCUGGAUCGGUGGGCUCCUGGGCUAUCAGCCGUAUCACAGGAAGUGGACGUUUGAUUGGGAUCUGGCGUGUCGGAAGAUGGAGCAGUCGAUAUUCCAGCGGCGGUUUGCGGAUCGCGCGAAGACGGUCUGAGUCUGGGUCUGUCUGUAUAUGUGCUGUGUGAUGUAUAUUGGCGAUGUAUUCGUAUUCGCGAUCUUACCGUUAUAGUGUUAUUAUACCCGACUGAUAGAAUCGAUCAAUCACUUGUCUCAC